AAAGUCAUCGUGUAGACAAAGUCAGAUCAGAAUGUUUAGAACAUCUACGUGUUUGCUUAAUUGUGUAAUCUUAUCCCUUUGCUUAAUUGUGUAAUCUAAUCCCUACCCAAUCGUUUCUAUAAAAAUGGAGCCUCGUUCCUUUCUAGUCCAAAAUAUCGAAUUACAUUCAUCAAGCUUCGUUAAUUAGCAUCCCAAGUUCUCUUGCAGUGAAAUUACCAGCAUCAAAUUCAUAUGUGCGCAGAAGUUCUCAUAUAGAAACAUACAUGGUCGAUACAUUUAUAAUUAUACUUUUUUACAAAAAGUUUUAAGUUUAUUUUAAUCAUUUUAACCAAAGAAUAGCUUAUAACAUCUUUUUACCAAACAUAUCAACUGCUUAUUAAUAGUUUCUUAUUUAUAAAAUCAACACUUAAAAUAAAUCAGCUCUCUUAAAACUUAUAAGCUAUUUAUAAUCAGCUAAUCUUAACAGCUCUAAAUCAGAUAUAUUUUCAAUUCUCUUGCAGUGAAAUUACCAGCAUCAGUUUCAAAUAUUCACAGAAGUUCUCAUAUAGAAACGUACAUGGUCGAUUCAAACGUGGAGAUCCCAACAAGAUUCGAUCCAUUUGCUGAAGCCGAGGAAUUUAGCACCCGCAGAGCCAAGGAGUAUGUGCAUAUUCGCAUACAACAAAGGAAUGGAAAGAAAAGCUUGACAACAAUUCAGGGUUUAAGGUUGGAGGGUUUAAGGAAAGAGUACUUGAGUUUCGAAAAGAUCCUUAAAAAUCUCAAGAAAGAUUUGUGCUGCAAUGGCAAUGUUGUGCAGGACAAGGAGCUUGGCAAGGUGAUACAGCUCCAGGGAGAUCAGAGGAAGAAUGUUUCUCAGUUUCUAGUGAAUGCUGGGAUUGUGAAGAAGGAUCAGAUCAAGAUUCAUGGUUUUUAGUUAUUGCAUAUGUGUGGAUUUAUUUUUAUAGGUGUUGUGUCUGAAUUCAAAAACAAUCUAUACUGGCAGAGGUAAGACUGCGUACGCACCGCCCUCCGCAGAACCUACUUGCGGGAUUCACUGGGUGGUGUGUGUGAAUUGUGUGAGGAUUGAGCUGUUUCCUUUUUCUUUAUUUUUUCUUGUAUUGCUCAUGAUCUUGUCAUCAUGUCAUGGGUUCCUUUGUGAAUUUUAGCUGCUCUUUGUUUUUCAAUAAUAAACUUGGGCUUUCUUUAGCUGGAA